GGAGAAAGAGAGCCCAAAGCGGAGUUCGAAAAGAGCGACAGACGUUUAAUUAAUAUCACUUGGAAAUCAGAAUCUGAAUCAGAAUCGGACAAAAGACAAACUCCGCAGAACAGGAAAAGAUGUCGAAGUUUCUGGGCGUGCCGCUGAAGAAGCCGUCGGAGGUGGACGUGGUCAAGCCGCUGAACAACCUCAUCCAGAGCACCUACAACGGGGCUACGGAGGAGGAGAAGGGAAAAUAUGCAGAGGCCGUAUCCGAAUUUUCGAAACAACGCAAUACGGCGAUUUGGAAAUUCUUCGAGAAGUACGAGGCUUCACUGGAGAUUGUUUAUGCCUAUUAUGACCAGAUCUGCGCGCUGGAAACCAAGAUAUCGGUUAGCGAACUGCAGAUACCCUUCAAGUGGAAGGAUGCCUUCGACAAGGGCUCCAUUUUCGGGGGCAAGAUCAGCCUGACCCACACCUCCUUGCUCUACGAGAAGGUAUGUGUCCUCUUCAACAUUGCCGCCCUGCAGAGCAGCAUCGCUGCCAACCAGCAGUUGGAUUCGGAUGAGGGCCUCAAAUUGGCCAUCAAGUUGCUACAGCAGAGUGCCGGCAUCUUUCAAUACUUGAAGGGAGCCACUCCAGCGGCGGUGCCCUCUGAGCCCACGCCCGAUCUCAGCCAAGAUACGCUGACCGUACUGCAAGCUCUGAUGGUCGCCCAGGCCCAGGAGGUGUUCAUCCUGAAGGCCAUUAAAGAUAACAUGAAGGACCAGAUCAUCGCCAAGCUGUGCUGUCAGGCGGAGGAGUUCUAUGCCGAUGUGCUUCGUGCCAUGCAAAAGGAGUCUGUGCGCAGUCUGUGGGAGAAGGAGUGGAUACCCACAGUGGCUGGAAAGCAGGCUGGCUUCCAUGCCCUCACCCAGUUGUACCAGAGUCUCGUGUGCCGCGCCUCCAAGAAGAUUGGCGAGGAGAUCGCCCGCUUGCGCAACGCCAUCGAUCUUUUCAAGGCGGCUCAGUCCCGUGGCGGAAACGAGACCUACUUGGAUGAAUACUUUAGCCGCGCCAAGCGCAAUCUGGCCGAGUCCACCAAGGACAACGAGUUCAUCUACAACGAAAUUAUUCCAGAUCUGAGCACUUUGGCCUCCCCGGGAAAGGCACAGUUGGCCAAGCCACUGCCCAUCGGUGUGCCCAUGGCCGGAAACUUCAAGGACAUCUUUACUGGCCUGGUGCCGGUGGAGCUUCAUCGCGCUCUCACCGCCUCCGAUAUGCGUCGCAAUGAGAUCGUCAAUGUUGAGAUCAUGAAGCUACGCGAGUCCACCCAAACUCUGAACGCUGUCCUGGCAAGCUUGAAUCUUCCAGCUGCCGUUGAGACAGCCGAUGGCAACAGUGGGCUUCCACCGUCGCUAAAGGAAAAGGCCGUGGAAGUUCGCCAAAAGGGAGGCAUUGAAAACAUACAGACGCUGCUGAAGGAUCUUCCCGAGCUACUGAACCGCAACCGCGAGAUCCUAGACGAGACCGAAAGGCUUUUGGACGAAGAACGCGACUCUGAUAACCAGUUGCGGGCACAGUUCAAGGAGCGUUGGACUCGCUUAAGCUCCGAAAAGUUGGCCGAGAUGUUCCGCACCAACGCCAAGAAAUACCGCGAGGUCAUCACCAAUGCCAUUGAAGCCGACAAGGUGGUUCGCCAGAAGUUCGAGGCCAACCAAAAGGGCAUCCAACUGCUGUCCUUGCCACCCGAUCAAAUCCAGCAGUCCCUUCCCUCAGCCAGUGGCAGUGUAGAUCCCAACUGCUCCAGCGUGCAGCGUCUCAAGAAGCUGAUGGACGACGUUGAGACUAUUAAAGCGGAGCGCGAGGCCAUAGAAUCGGAGCUUAAGGGAACCACGUUCGAUAUGAAGGACGAGUUUUUGAUUGCUUUGCAGAAGGAUGGUGCUAUCGAUGAGCCCGCUCUGUCAUUGGCUCGCAUUGGCCAAGUGCUCAAUCCCCUACAACAGCAGGUGCGUGAGAGCGUGGAGCGCCAACAGACACUGGUUGCCGACAUCCAGAGCGCCCACGGUGACUUCGUCGCCGAGACGGGAAGCUGCGGCAGUUCGCGGGACACUCUGUACCAGGAACUGGCCAGCGCUUACGAUAGCUACAUUGAGCUUUCUGGAAACCUACAGGAGGGUACCAAGUUCUACAAUGACCUUACACAGCUGCUGGUCGUAUUCCAGAACAAGAUCAGCGACUAUGUGUUCGCCCGCAAGACAGAAAAGGAGGAGCUGCUCAAGGAUCUGACCACGGAGUCCAGUCGCCAGGCUUGUCCGGCCACUCCGGCACUGCCCUCGCAUUACGCUUCUACAUCGGGCAGUGGCAGCGAUAUCCCACCUGGUUCUGCACCCGGUGCGCCGCCUAUGGCAUCGACAGCCAACAUUCCGUAUCCGGCCCAGGUGCAAGGCAUGCCCGUUCCGUAUGGAGCCCAGCCAGGUGUGCCAUAUCCCGCCUAUGUGCCCGCGCCAAUGCCACAGAGCUUCAACCCUUACGGCACCUUGCCGUAUCCUGGAACCUACCAGUACCAAGGGUUCCCGCAGGGACCUCCACCCGGCCACUAUGGAACCUAUCCCGGCAGCUAUGCCAACCAACAGGGCGGCUAUCCCAACCAGAAGCCACCGGGCUGGUAAAUGGCCCUGUAACCUACCAAGUUCAUGUCCACAUGUGCACAGCAUGUUCCGCCCAAGGGUCAAUCGCAUGGCAGAGCCUCAGAUGCGUCUGGAUGGUGGAGAGGCAGGAUGGAUGGUAUUCGGCAUUUAAUGCUCCUUAUUCUGGUUCUGUUUGGAAAUUGUAUCAUACAUGUUGAUGACUUAUUGGAUUUUAAUCUCAUAUAUGCAACAAUAUUAUCACGCAUCUUAGUAAACGUUUUGUCAAAA